AUGUCGUUGUGCUUGGUAUAUUCGUGUCCAUUAACCUGCCCACGGCCGAUGCAUCAACGUUAUGGUCAGUUCACAGCGGCCGGCCUGUCCUCACGCACGUCGGCAUGGAUUGACUGCUGCGCAUCAAAUCUUAUGGUUACGAAGCGAUUCGAUCAAGUCCACCCCUUAAAUGCUCAUUCACCCCUAGUUUCCUCUCAUGGGGAAAGGUUCCUUGGCUGCGGUUGUCAUUACCAUCGAGCUCUACUCCGACGGCGCUUCAUCCUGGUUGAAGCCGUGUCUAUCUCGGUACAAUGCCAAGAGCAGUUGGAAAUGGUUGUCCAUCGACAUGAACCACGGUGA